UCCCUCCAGUGUUUUCUUAGAACCAGAAUCUCCUCCCGGUGCUCCCACUCCCCGUCACCGUCCACCUCUUCUCCAUCCGCGGCGUCCCCAUCUUCUCCCAACGAGCCACCUCACUUCUGCGGUUCUCCUCUUCCAUCCCUCCGUUCCGCCAUUCAUCCUAUCCCUGACCUUGAAGUCGUGUCGCCGCGAUUUCACUUCCAUUCCGCCGAGCUCUGCCAUCACCGUCACCUUCACGUCGUGCUCAGUGCUCACCUCCAGCUGUGCCGUCCAUUUGCAGCCGUCGCCUCCAGCCGUGCCUUCCAGUUCCGGCCGUCGCGUUCCAGCAUCGUCGUUGGUGCCUCAGAUUCUGUGUCUGUGCAUCAUAGCAAAGUAUAUCUCGUUGCACCUUGAGUACGGAGAGAAGAGAUGGCUGGGCAAUCAGAUCCUGAGCUUUCACUGUUUUCAGCAGAGGAGCUUGAGUUCAUUGCUGAGGAUGAGAUUGUGGACAUUGUGCCCAAUCUCAAGAUGGGUCCUCUUAAUUUCAUCUCUGGAGAUUUUGGCCCAUUUAUCCCACAGAUUGUUGCCCAAGUACCGCUUUGGCUGGCUGUUGCAUUAAAAAAGAGGGGCAAGUGCUCCAUUUGCCCUCCUCAAUGGAUGUGUGUUGAGAAGUUGACUCAAGUUUUGGAAGCUGAGCGAAACUCGCAAGAAAUGUCAGAGCAACUGCCAUUUCACUAUGUAGAAAUUUCUAGACUUCUGUUUGACCAUGCAAAUGAUGACAUCUCGGAUGCAUAUAUGGUGAGAUCUCUAAUUGAGGACAUCAGAGAUGUACGAUUUCAUAAGGUUGAAACUGACCUGGAGGCAUUCAAUGGUCGCACAAUUGCUGUUAAGAUAAAAAAUUUGUCUGCCAUGGAAGUGAAUAUCGUCGACCGCAAGUUGUCCAAAAUGCCCCAAGGAGGCAACUGCGAAGAUAAGGUACUUACAGCUGGAUCUGUGCUGCUGAAUUCUUUGUACUAGGGUAGCUUGCGAGUUGAGACCUGAGUUCUCAAUAAUCAGGAAGAUAUGACGUUUCCUUAUUUCUCAUAAGUUACACACACACGUUGCAUGUAGUUUUGUGUAAUCACCUUAACCCAUGCUAUGCAUUUAUGAAUUUCCCAUCAUUUUGUUGAUGGAAUUAUGGGA